AUGAAGGAAGCUUUUAGAUCCUACACAGUGAUGAUGGCGAUGAUGUUGCUUGCACAGCAGCCUCUGGCGCACACAUUUCAUUCCACUGUGAGCCAACUUAGUUAUCCUCACAUUCUGCUGCCGUCCUGCUCUAGGAUCGUCGAAAUCCCAAUAUCGACAGCGCGGGAAGCAGUACCCAACACUGCGUCAUCACCGUCAUUAUUGCGAGCUGAUAGCAUUUGUGUCCUUCACACUGACUGUCACAUUAGUGAUAGUAGCUGCACCAUCAUCCAUCAUCCAAGUCGUCAUGUACCCCACAAGUGCGAGAAUUCAGACUAG